CAAACAGUAGCCCCCGCCCCCUUUCCCUGUCGUGGACGCGCAUAUAGGUGUUGGUUUACGUGCGCGCUCCCGUCGCGAUGACGUCAACUGCCCGGAUCUCGUCUUGUGUCUCUCAAACGUUGUGACGUGUGUUGUGGAAAUGGCCGAGGAGAGACGGAGGGACCUACCCGCAAGACAAUGUGAAGCUCUUUAACUCCGCCGAACAAACCACGAGUUUCGAAGGUCGCCCUGAGCUAGUUCCGACUAACCGACGAGCGAAUCCCUAACGCCCCGGCCGGACCAGCGCCUUUUCUUCCCCCUCCGGGGAGGGGGCGCCCAGCGAGCGAGAGAGGCAGCCGCCAUGGAGGACAUUAACUCGAAUAUCAACGCCGACUUGGAGGUGCGGAAGCUCCAGGACUUGGUCAAGCAGCUGGAGAAGCAGAACGAGCAGCUCCGAGGUCGUUCGGCGAUGAUGUCGGCGGCCCACCACCGACCCCACAGCGCCGGCUACGAGUCCCUGUCGUCGUCGUCGUCCUCGCUGUUAUCGGGGGGCGACAUGGCCCCCGGGGUGGGGUUCGGCUACAGCGACCUGUUGCAGAACCGUCGCUGCCGGAGCCCACGGCUCUCCUACGACGGCGUCAGCUUUCGGAGGCCGUUCGAAGGCGAGGGCGCCUCGGCAGCCACCUCCGGCUCGGCCCGGAACUCGCGCUGUUCGGAAGACGACAACGACGACCGCGAGACCUCCAUCCUGGAUCAAGUGGACGUUCUGAACCUGGAGGACAUGGACUGUCUGCACGAAGACGACGACAGCUGGCUGUAUGAGGCCAAGCUGAACAGCCCCCUUCAAAAGGCGCUGAGCCCCAUGGUGUGGUGCCGCCAGGCUCUGGACAACCCCAGUCCGGACAUGGAGCUAGCUAAGCGUUCCCUCAUCCACAGACUGGAUCUCACGAUGUCAGCAAACAAGCGCCGCAGCCUGUACGGGAGCUGCUACAACCAGCAGGGGAGUUACGGAAGCCCGUACAGCCCCAAUGCUGCCAACAGUCCCUACAGCAGCGGUUUCAACUCCCCAUGCUCCACACCCAGCAAGGUGCCCGUCGUCAGGCAGCCACUAAUGCCUGGUAACGCAGCCCACCAGCGCAACAUGGCGACGGAAAGAAACCCGCCCGCCAUCAGCCCACAGUCAUCGGCCGACAGCGAGCUGAGCACUUCGGAAAUGGACGACGACUCGGUGGGCUCUUCCACCACCUACAAGCUCAACAACGUCAAUGACGUGCAGAUUCUGGCACGCAUGCAGGAAGAGAGUCUGAGACAGGACUACGCCGCCUCAGCCUCCCGCCGUAGCUCGGGUUCGUCCUGCCACUCGCUACGUCGCGGCGGCUUCAGCGACCAGGAGCUGGACGCGCACAGUUUGGAAGACGACGAAGAAGCGGCAGCGCACCCUGCUUUCCGUCUGCCCGUCAGCCGCUUCAGUCCAUCACCACGACAUUCGCCGCGAGCAUCUCCGCGCGACUCUCCGCGAUCGCGCUCCCCGGACUACGGCCGCGCCUCGCCGCAGCCCACCGUCGGACGCCUUCAGCAGCCGCGUCGCUCAUUGCAAGGCCACACCGGGCAGACUGACACGGUCAAAAACGAAGAAAAGCUGCGUCGUAGUCUCCCCAACCUCACACGCUCCAACGCCACAGAGACCAUCAAGAACAACCGAGGAUGCGAAUCCAACAUUCAGAUGCCAAAUGGAGGCUCGCCCAGACACUACAGCCAAUCAGCUUCAGCACCUCAGAUCCCGAGACACUCCACCCCCAAAACCCAACAGCACCUCCAAAGCCCGACGGCCCGGCGAGUACCGCUCUCGUGUUGCUUCGGCGAUGAAGGUGACUUCAUUCCGCCAUCAAGCAAGCUGCGAACACCGGCCGCACCCUCGCCACUGGCCUUGAGGCAGCCCGUCAAAACCGCCGUGGGCGCCAACCCCGUCGCCACACCAGGGCGCUCGCUGGUUCCGCCCCGUAGUGGCCUGCCCCGCCCCAGUGCCCCGGCGGGCAGUGGAGCAGGAGGGGGCAUCCCUUUACCUCGCAGCAAGUUGGCACAGCCUGUGCGAAGAAGUCUACCGGCUCCUCGCGUCUACAGCGGCACCAGAGACAACCUGAGGGAAAGCUACUAGUCCAACAGAGGGCGCUCCACUCAAACCGUCAAUCUCGGAGUCCCACCGCAUGGCACUUUAUCUACCUGGAUGAUGCUGAACUGUUACCAGGAAUGUUGUAACAAGUAAAUCAAAAAAAUAUAUAAACGAUUCAAAAAUUUGUCCAGCGAGGCCGACGAGAACGCCAAAGAACAAAUGCGGCCUUCUCUAAAAUGGACACCGCAAGAGAAAACUCGCUUUGAUGACAACACUGAGUGUCCUUUGUCAGAAACUUCGGUGAGCUUCCGCAAAACAAAACAAAAAACGGCGAGAAACCUCAGCGAAAAACGUCAGCAAGCAUCCUUCGCGAUGGAAGCCAUACUAACUCAUUGUCUGCCACUGAUGGCCAUGAUGUCCAAUCCAUGUGGACCUCCCAGUCCACAUGGAUUGGAUGUCUAUAGCCAUUAACAGCAGACAGUUUGUGGAAAAAGUUUCCUCAUGUAAGAAAAAAAGCACCAAGAAAAAAAUGCACAAAUUUAUUUAUUGAAACGAUUAGAAAAAGACGUGACAUAUCCGUAUCAGUAUUUUCUUUUGUUCGAAUGUUUUAUAAUGUUUUGAACCUUAAUUUGCAUAGCUAACGCUCCAAAGCAUUUUUUACAUUUCCAAAGGCUCUACUUGCAGUUUUUUUUUUUCAUAAUAAGAUCAUGAAGUGCUUUGAUUAUGUUGGUUUCAGUGAAGGUGUCAAACUCUGGCACUGACGCCACGAUGCGCCUUCCUUGACAGCCUAGAUUGUUUUACUGACAUUGGCCAAAGUCAGCCAUUUUGGCUAACAAAAAGCGCAAGGAGGCCUUUCGUUAGCUUGUGCCAAUUUUGGAUUUUUGUUUUUGCAUUUUAGCCAAUGAACAUAGAAGGAGUCACGUUAUGGAAAUUUAAUUCGCUGCCAGCGCAGACAGCAAUUUUGGGAAUUUUGAAUGAUGUCAAGACCCACAGACUUCUGUGAUUUAUAUAGCAAAUGAAAGCAUCGUCUUCUUUCACAAUUAAGGAAAAAUAAUUCUACCUUCCGUUUUUUAGUAAUCCACAGCAGAUCAUGAGUUCAUCAAAAUGUCGUGAUUUCUUUCAAAGUCCAUGAAAAAUUCAAAAUUGUGGCAGUUGUGUGUCGCUAAAGCUGUACACAAGAGCCAUCACUCCCUGUGUAAAACUCAAAUUUACGUGCAUAUCUGUCGAUGGCAGUGAAUAUGUUUUUAAUGAAAGAGGGGAAAAAAACAUGUAUCCGAAUGAUUCUAUUGUGUGCCAGUGUUGGUACUUAUUGGUGUGGUGGUUCGUUUAUCAACUAGUGCCUCUGAUUUUAAAGUCUCAUAUUAUAAUUUUGUAUUUUUUUUGGUGCCAAUUUAGUUUUGCAAAGCUUUUAAUUUGCCUGCCUGCCUAUUUUUGUAAUGGAAAUGACAUUUGUUAUAAUUUUUUUGAGGAAGACAAAAAAGUUUGAAUGCGCUUUGAUAUUUAUAUCUAUUGUAUAAAUUAAAAGUUAUUUAUUCAAAAGAGGGGAAAAGGUGAAGUUAGAAUGUUGCAAAAAAAGCAAAAGAGCACACCUUUUGUGUAACAGUUUUUUUUUGUUAUUUGACCUUUUUUAAAAGCCACAAACAUGACAUGAGUUGUGUUUUCCUGUGUCAAGCCACAUUUCAAAUAAAAGUGCUAAAAUCGUA